CAUUUUUCUUUUGGUGCAAGCACCAAAGUCGCCGCUCUUUUCCUCUCAUCGCGUUUGUCAUUGCAUCGGUUGUUCAGUGAGUGGCCGAGAAAAGUUUUGUAAAUUUGCCGUGCAAUUUUUGUGCUGAACCAACCGUAAAUAGUGCGAAACCAUGUCCAAGGAGGAGGAAACCGUCGAAACGGCGGACACCAAUGAAAAUUCGAAUGAAUCCAACUCGGAUACGACGUCGUCGCACACCAAGGAACCCGACUACGAUGCUACGCUGGAAACGGACCGUGGCAAGCGGUUCGAGUUUCUGCUGAAGCAGACGGAGAUUUUCGCUCAUUUCAUGCAAGCUGCACCGCCGAAGGGAUCUACGAGUAGUCCACCGGCCAAGGCGAAGAGCAAGUCGAAGAAGGCUGACAAGGCCGAGAAGAAAACGGAGCCAGCGGCGAGCACAAGUGGCGAUCCGGGAGACCAUCGUCAUCGAAAGACGGAACAGGAGGAAGAUGAAGAACUGCUGGCGGAAACGAACACCAAGGCGAAAACGGUGUUCCGUUUUGAGGCAUCGCCGCCGUACAUCAAGACCGGAGAGAUGCGAGACUAUCAAGUGAGGGGUCUGAACUGGAUGAUUUCCUUGUACGAGAACGGCAUCAACGGAAUCCUGGCCGACGAGAUGGGUCUGGGAAAGACGUUGCAAACGAUUUCGUUGCUGGGCUAUUUGAAGAACUUCCGGAACAAUCCGGGACCGCACAUUGUGAUCGUGCCCAAGUCGACGCUACAGAACUGGGUUAACGAGUUCGGGCGGUGGUGUCCUUCGUUGAAGGCGGUCUGUUUGAUCGGUGACCAGGAGACUAGGAAUGCGUUCAUCCGGGACGUGCUGAUGCCUGGGGAGUGGGAUGUUUGUAUCACGUCGUAUGAAAUGUGUAUUAGAGAGAAGGCCGUCUUCAAGAAGUUCAACUGGAGAUACAUGGUGAUUGACGAGGCCCAUCGUAUCAAGAACGAAAAGUCGAAACUUUCGGAAAUCUUGAGAGAGUUCAAGACGGCCAAUCGUUUGCUGUUGACCGGUACGCCGCUGCAGAACAAUUUGCAUGAGUUGUGGGCUUUGUUGAACUUCUUGCUUCCGGACAUUUUCAACAGCGCUGACGAUUUCGAUUCUUGGUUCGAUGCGAACGAGUGCAUCGGAGACAACAAGCUAAUCGAACGUUUGCACGCCGUUCUGAAGCCUUUCCUGCUGCGUCGGUUGAAAUCGGAAGUGGAGAAGAGACUACUCCCGAAGAAAGAAGUGAAAAUCUUCGUCGGUCUUUCCAAGAUGCAGCGCGAAUGGUACACGAAAAUCCUUAUGAAGGACAUUGAUAUCGUGAACGGAGCCGGCAAGAUGGAGAAGAUGCGUCUGCAGAACAUUCUGAUGCAGCUGCGGAAGUGUACCAACCACCCGUAUUUGUUCGAUGGAGCUGAACCUGGUCCACCGUACACAACGGAUUACCACCUUUUGGAAAACAGCGGAAAGAUGGUCGUUUUGGACAAGCUGCUGCUAAAACUGCAAGAGCAAGGCUCCCGGGUGUUGGUCUUCAGUCAGAUGACACGUAUGUUGGACAUCCUGGAAGAUUACUGCUACUGGCGUGGGUACCACUACUGUCGUCUGGAUGGUCAAACGCCGCACGAGGAUCGUACGAAGAUGAUCGAUGAGUACAAUGCGGAGAACAGUACCAAGUUUAUCUUCAUGUUGUCGACCCGUGCUGGAGGGUUGGGUAUCAAUUUGGCUACUGCCGACGUGGUCAUCAUCUACGAUUCGGAUUGGAAUCCACAGAUGGAUUUGCAGGCUAUGGAUCGUGCUCAUCGUAUCGGUCAGAAGAAGCAGGUCCGCGUAUUCCGUCUCAUCACCGAGAACACCGUCGAGGAGAAGAUCGUCGAACGGGCCGAAAUCAAGCUCAAGCUGGACAAGUUGGUCAUCCAGCAAGGUCGCCUCGUAGAUAACAAAACCAAUCAACUGAACAAAGAUGAAAUGCUGAACAUCAUUCGCUUCGGCGCCAACCACGUGUUCCAGUCCAAGGACUCCGAAAUCACCGACGAUGACAUUGACCGUAUCCUCCAGAAGGGCGAGGAGAAAACCGCCGAGCAAACGGCCAAGUUGGACAAAAUGGGCGAAUCUUCACUGCGCAGCUUCACGCUAGACACGGAGAAUCUCGAGAACCGUUCGGUGUACCAGUUCGAAGGCGAAGAUUAUCGUGAGAAGCAGAAACUGCACGCCCUCGGAUCUUGGAUCGAACCUCCGAAGCGUGAGCGAAAGGCCAACUAUGCCGUUGAUGCUUACUUCAAGGAAGCUCUUCGAGUGGCCGAGCCCAAAGCCCCUAAAGCUCCCCGACCACCGAAGCAACCGAUCGUCCAGGACUUCCAAUUCUUCCCGCCGAGGUUGUUCGAGCUGUUGGACCAGGAAAUCUACCACUACCGUAAAACUGUCAACUACAAGGUCCCGAAGAAUCCCGAUCUGGGACCGGAGGCGAACAAAGUCCAACGGGAAGAACAGCGCAAAAUCGACGAAGCGGAACCGCUGAGCGAUGACGAACUCGUCGAGAAGGAAUCUCUCCUGACCCAGGGCUUCACCAACUGGAACAAACGGGACUUCAAUCAGUUCAUCAAGGCGAACGAAAAGUUCGGUCGCGAUGACAUCGAGAACAUUGCCAAGGAGGUUGAGGGAAAAACCCCGGAGGAAGUGAUGGAGUACAGUGCGGUGUUUUGGGAACGGUGCCACGAGCUGCAGGACAUUGAACGACUUAUGGCGCAGAUCGAGCGAGGCGAAGCGAAGAUUCAACGCCGGGCUUCGAUCAAGAAGGCUCUGGAUAGUAAGAUGUGUCGCUAUCGGGCUCCAUUCCACCAGCUACGUAUCGCGUACGGUAACAACAAGGGUAAAAACUACACCGAAGAGGAGGACCGCUUCCUGGUAUGCAUGCUGCACAAGUUGGGCUUCGAUAAGGAAAACGUCUACGAAGAGCUCCGGACGGCGGUUCGAUCGGCUCCGCAGUUCCGUUUCGAUUGGUUCCUCAAGUCGCGGACAGCGCUGGAACUGCAACGUCGUUGCAACACCCUCAUUACGUUGAUCGAGCGCGAAAAUCAAGAACUGGAAGAGAAGGAACGGCAGGAGAAGAAGAAAAAGACCGCCACGACCGGCGGAACGCAAAAACCGGCCGCAGGAAAGCGUAAGGCAGAAACCGCCACGACACCCAGCGAUAAGAACAGCAAGAAAAAGAAGAAGACCUAAAGCUACUUAGAGUGGUACUAUUUUAAGUAACAAUGACAAGCAAACAUUCUUAGAUUUAUGAAAUUUUUUAGUUUGAUUUGAAUCAAAGGAAAAUCAUGAUAAACAAAUUAUUUUUAAGGUGUCCAUUUUUUAUACAUCAGCAUCGAGAAUUAGUAACGUUUUCAGCAGUGAUUAAUUUAUUAUCUUGAGUAUUACAUACUACAGCUGCAUCUUUUCAACUGCGGUUGGUGGUAUUACACUGAUCGUCAGUUGGAUCGAAAAGCACGUAAGAAUCAAUGUCCUACUACUAUUCUACAAAUAUGAAACUCAACGCAAGAAAUACAAUUAGCACCCACUAGUUCUGUGGUAUCAACAUA